CAGACUCGCCUGUGAUUGUAUGGUAACGUAUGGCUGCGCUGCUUUCUUUGUAGCGUAUGCAUAUAUUUAUUCUUACAUCAUUUCACACCCACAAACGGUCCUGUUCAGCUCAGCCUUUGUGACUUCCAACAAUGAUGGUACACAGUGUGUUUGUGUAUCUGCUUUCUGUGUGUGGAGUCCUUCCAGCAGCUCUAACAGCAGUGAUCCAAACACAGCAGACUGUGCUGGCAGCAGUGGGAGAAGAUGCUGAAUUCAGCUGUCAGCUCUUGGAGACUAAAGACGUCCUUCAGGUCACAUGGCAGAAAAUUAUACCCAAUGAGGAGGAGAACGUUGCCACCUACAACAAGGAUUUUGGUCAGAGAGUGAAUGAUGGAUUUACAGAUAAAGUUGAGUUUAAAUAUACUGGACUACAGAACUGCUCCAUAGUCAUCAAGAACGUGACAGAGCAGGAUGAAGCCUGCUAUCUCUGUCUGUUCUACACUUAUCCUGAAGGCUCUCUGACAGCGAGAACCUGCCUCCAAGUGUAUGAGCUGCAUGAACCUGUUCUUGAUGUCAGAGAGUCAAACUCUCCUGCAGAGUGGGUUGUUUCCUGUUCAGCCACUGGUCGACCUGCUCCCACUGUAACACUCAGCGUCUCACAACAACACCUCAGCUUCUCCCAGUACAACACUGUCAGUGUGUCCAACACCAACGCUACAUUCACUGUCACCACUACAGCUGUGCUCUCAGGUUCACGGAGAAACAGCACACAGGUGGGAUGUGCAGCACGAGUGCUCUCUGCUCCUCAGAUAGAGGUCAUUCAGGUCAUUCCUGUGGCCAAACAGACGUCUGAUGAUCGUGAUGCCGAUUUGACGUGGAUCAUUGUGUUUGGUGUGGUGAUCUGUGUUUGUGUUGCUGUUGUUGUCAUCAUAUGUAAAAACAGGAAAAGGCGCUCUGAAAUGAAGGCGGUGGCCUGAUCUGCAAUCAAACACAGAGAUGACUGAGAUAUGUGUGUCAUAUUAUUAUAAAUACUGAUGUUUUCAGUUUUUUACUGAAUCUGAUGCAAACUGGCUUUAUUGUAUGUGUGUCUAGUCAACAAGUGAUCAUCGUGUACUUAAUAUACUGUAUUCACGACUUACUGUAGCAAGUGUGGUAUAUGAAGUACUGUCAUAAUGCAGAAUAAACUGCUGUAACAUUUUGUUUCGUAAUUACCAAAAAUGCAUUUUAUCAAAUGGAACAAGAAAAUCAGCCAAAUGUCUUUUUAUCAUUUUAUUAUUGUCAGCACUGUUUGUGGGUUAUUUUUUAUUUUUGUAUUAUAAUUUUGAGUUUAGUUUUUGUUAAGGAUACAUUUAUAGUUUAUUUUUCUUUUCAUAAAUUUGAGUUCAUUUUUUGGGUUUAUGGCUGAGUAGAUGUGAACUUAAUCUAUAAAAGUAGGUCAAGUGGAAGUGAUGCUAUUGGAGCACUGGAGGAAUAUUUCAUUGCACGGACUUUUAUCGCAAUAUUGGACUCUAUUGGACACCAUACGGCCUACAGACUCUGCUGGUGCACAUCGGCGCGCACCAGGCCUCCAUAAGCAACUUGCUGCAUGAUAUGUGUGUCCUUGACAUUGCAUGAACUUUUAAAGUCAGUUUGCAUUAAGAUAAAAAGGACGAUGUCAGACGCUGCAUCAAAAGCUGCUAGUGAUGCACAGACUGCAGCCAGGUCUAAACGGCGCACCAGCUUCACAGCUAAAGGAUUAACGUUUUUUAUACAAUCAUGUCAGGAAAAAAGAGCCAGCAAAUGUAAACAAGCUAAAUAUAUAUGAACCAGCUGCAUGAAUUAAUGCAAUCCUGGAACAAUGUUACUGCUGUGGAUUCUCUAUUGA